AUGGGCAGCGGUAACGGCGUACUAGGCUGCCUGCGCUGCCACGGCCGCCGCGCCGUCGAUGAGAAGCGCGUAAGGUCUUCCGUCGUCGAGAAUGGCUCCCCCAAGCCACAAGCAACUGCGAGACCUAUACAACCUGAGCCGGACGUCACACCCGUGAAGGAGGAACCCGUUCCUGCGGAAUCUCCCAAGGGAUUUGAGUUGACUGGAUUCGUCAGCAACGAUGCGGGAGAGUGGGACGACAAGGCGUUGGCGUCUCUGUUGGGCGGUCAGCCAACGAAGCUAGACGAGUUAUCCGAUGUGGAUGCCGGUGCCGGUCCGGUGCAGCGAGUGCCGGUCGUGCUACGUGACGGGUCGGUAUACAGCGGCCAGUGGCUAGGUCGGGCGAGGCACGGGAUGGGGAAGCAUUUCGCCAUGGACGGCAGCCGUUACGUGGGCUCUUUCGCCAACGAUUUAUACGAGGGCGAGGGCGAGGUUAAGUACAUAAACGGUGACAGCUUCAGGGGAAUCUUUAAAGGCGGUAUGCGGAACGGCAAGGGCGUGAUGACGUACGCCAACGGCGACAUGUUCGACGGCAAUUGGCGCAACAAUGUGCGCCACGGUUUCGGAGUUGAGCGUUUCGCCGACGGCUCGGUGUACAUGGGCAUGUUCAAUAACAACAAGCGCGAGGGCGUCGGUGAGCUGAAGAUGAGCAAUGGCGUGUUGUAUGAGGGCACGUUUGACAACGACGUCACUGGUAAGGGCAGGAUGGUUUGGCCGACCGGUGAGAGCUACGUGGGCGAGUUCAAGAACGGCUACAAGCACCGCUACGGCGUGACGACGUACCGCAGCGGGCCCGUGCUCAGCGAGAAAGGCACCUAUGCUAUGGGACGCAUGCACGGCCUUUUCGAGUGCGUGAUGCGAGAUGGCCACGUGCUCAGGUUCAUGUACAAAAACGGCAAAUUGAUGGAGGAUGUGACCAACAAGAAGAAAGCGGGGAAGUUGAUGGCUCCGCCACCUGUGCCCGAAGUCGAGGCUGGGGGGUUGGUCCUCGUUGACGAGUUACCAGAUAACAAGGUUGUAUGA